GGGAAAUCUUCGAAAUGAGUCACGGAAUAUUGCCUAUUCGCCCUGUAGCUGAGGGAUCCAAGAAAAUCACACUCCCUAAAGAGAAUGCAUAUGGGAUUCCCGAUGUUAUGACUUAUGGCUUAACUACUGUUAGAUCUGAUCUCACAACAUCACAUCCACUAGAAUAUUCAGAAAAACAUUGGCGUGAACAUAAAGACAGGCAAGAUGCUAUCAUGCUAAGGAAUACACAAGGACUUCAUGCACCUAUGAGGUUACAUAUGGAGAAGUCUGUAGCACAAAAGAUGCAAAGGUUACCUGGAAUGUCAAGCUCCCAUGUUAUGCUGGACUCACUCACUGGCAGAGAUGAAAUGAUUGAUUUUGAAGAUAUUUUCAACACACAAGAGUUCCAGGAAAGAGUUGGACAGCCACAUGCUAUGGUAGAGAGAAAUCUUGGACUCUUAUAGGAUAACACAUUCUAAUGACACUAUGGGAUAAAUCUAAUAUUCCAAUCUGUAUUGGAUAUCACAUUCAAUGAACUAUGGAAUAAAUAUUGACAUGGUGUUGUAUGUCAUACAUAGUUAAAUCAAACAAAGAUCAAGAGCACUUAAAAUUUGGAUGGGAUAAAUCCUAUAUCCAGACCACUACAACUUCUCUCAUAGGAUAUGAUUUAUGGACAAAAACAUAACAUGGAAUAAAU